AACAUGGACAGACAUGUGCAUAGAGCAAUGUCUGAUGAGGCCAAUGAAAUCUGUAGGAGGACUCACUCAUGGAAGGGGAAUGAAUGAAAGUACUGUGAAUAAAUGGAUUCUUGGGACACCAUACUUCAUAAAGAUUAAUGAAGCAUUAGAGGAGUUCUUAGACAUUUCUAUUACCUACAGUGAACAACAUGUUGAGCUGAGAAAGUCAAGAAAACUCAGAGACCAAGCUGAUAUUGAUAAGUUCACCACAUGGUUCAGACAACACAAUCCAUUAAAUAAGGAAUCUGGAGAGCUAGUUUCAUUAUCAUCUGGUUUCAUCAGUGAUGAGUCAGUCAACUGUGACCAAGCCUAUGACAUAGGUUGUGCUGCUAUGAAGACAAUGAUAGCUCUCAAAAAUUGAAAUUGUAUCUUGAAUAUGAACUGUCUUCACAUCCACCAUCUCUCUUCGACAAUGUUUCACUAAGAAAAGGAACUAAAUCAUCUAUCCUGAAAGUGUUUCAAGAUGCUGUAAUAGAGGAAGAAGAAAUUGAUCAAACAAAUUUAUGUGUGAUUAUUGAUGGAGGAUUUCUCCUUCAUUAUGUUCCCUGGCCACAAGACUCCACUUAUGGAAAUAUCAUACACAUUUAUCGAAAAUAUGUUGUAGAAAACUUUGGAGAAAAUGUAACGGUUGUAUUUGAUGGCUAUCCAGAAGACUGUACAACUAAACAAGAAGAGCAGAAUAGAAGAGCAGCAAAAAAUCCUCAAAUGACAUAGAUUUUGAUAGGAACACAAAAUGCUUAACAUCAAAGGAAGAAUUUUUAGGCAACAGAAGAAACAAGAAGAAGCUUAUAUUUUCAGUUUCUGAAGAGCUUAUAAGUUCAAAUAUCAAUACAAUUGUUGCAAAAGACGAUGCUGAUAUUUCCAUUGUGACGACUGGAAUAGAGGAGCUGAAGAGACACAAAACUGUUAUGUUGUAUGGUACAGACACUGAUUUGUUGAUACUGUUGAUAGCUCUUGCCCCUGAGAAUCAAGAAAUCUACUUCUGCAAACAGAUAACAGGAAGAUUGCAUGGAAAAGUGUUCUACAGCAUUUCAAAGAUAAUAGAUAAGGUGAAAAAUACAAGGAAGCUUUUACUGUUUGCUUAUGCAAUAACAGGCUGUGAUACAACUUCUUCUUUUUUCGGCCUUGGAAAAAUAAAAUCUUUAGAAAUUGUUCAAAAAUCAGAAGAAGCUCAAAGACAAGCAUCAGUGUUCAUUUGUGAAAAUUCAUCUAAAGAAGAACUGAAAAGAAAUGGUGAAGAUUUUAUUCUGAAUUUGUAUGGCCAGAAAAAGCACACAAGCCUCAAUGAAGCACGUUACUU